AUUUCUCAGGAAAACAGGGCUUUCUGGAAAUAAUAAACUGUAGAAAUGAGCCCAAUGAGAGAAUUGAUUGUUCAUUGCUAUGCUGGCAGCAGAGACUGGUUAACGUAAAUGAUGAUUGGGGGUUAUCGCCACUUCAUAUAUAAACCAUAAUAUGGAAAAGAAAGAAAUACGCCAAGUAUCCAUCAUGAAACUUUUAUUUUAAGCGAUAUAUUUUACGAGCAAAGAUAAAAAUGGAUUGGAAAAAUAGCUCAGAGGUGUAUAAUAACAGUACAACAACAGAGGCAGUAACCAUGGAUUAUGGAAAUACAACAACGGAAUCCAGUAGAAGUACGCCAACUUCAUAUCCAAUAGAAAGAGCAACCGAUAGCGCGCAAUAUGACAACAGCAUCGCUACUUCAGUCAGCGCUCCGUUAUUUAACAGGACAACUCAGUUUUAUCCCUCCUCUACGGAACUAAUUAGCCAGCUGGAUCGUAAGAAUGAAGAUAUGAUUCCGUCGCUUGAGCAGAAAUAUGAACAAGCCUCUAGCAUGGUAAGUGAGGAUGUAGCGCCUCUGCUUCAAGCUACAACUGAAGAAAUGGAUUCUACACCAUCACCUACAGAAAAUAAUAUUACACUUUCGGAGUAUGUUAGACCCGAUUAUCUAAAAUCUGCUAAUUCAACCUUAAACCUUAAUAAGAGUGCAGGAAUUCGGGAAGGAAUAAUUGAUGACGGGUUACACAACCUAACAAAUCAUACUCUAUUCCCAAUAGGAUAUACUAAUAUGAAUGAAAUGCAGUUGAAUUUAUCCUUCUGCGAUUUUGACUUAAAUUCAACAUGGUGCUACUAUAAUGAAACAGAUAACGAUACUGAUUCAAUAAACACUAUGGAUGACGGAUAUAAAUAUUUUGCACUUAUACUAUCGAUAUUUCCUAUAUUGACAGUAUUUGGUAACAUUCUAGUAGUUAUAGCCGUCUAUAGGGAAAGAAAUCUCCGGACAGUCACGAACUACUUUAUCGUGAGUUUGGCCCUGGCAGAUAUAGGUGUCGCUGUACUGGUCAUGCCGUUUGCAAUAUACGUAGAGAUCGUUGGUGUUUGGACGUUUGGUGAUCAAUUAUGUGAUGCCUGGGUAUCCCUAGAUGUAAUGUUCUGUACGGCUUCUAUACUCAAUCUAACUGCGAUCAGCGUGGAUAGAUUUAUUGCAGUUACACAGCCAAUAAAGUAUGCUAAACACAAAAACUCAAGACGUGUUUGGGUUAUGCUUGCCCUAGCUUGGUUCAUCUCUAUCGCCAUUGCGUCUCCCAUCGCCCUGGGUAUGAACUACAGUGCAGACCUUGAACCAAAGAGGGACCCUAACCUCUGCAUAUUCUACAAUUCAGACUUUAUUAUAUCAUCAUCAAUGGGAUCAUUUUAUAUACCAGCAUUAGUAAUGGGGAUACUGUAUUGGAGGAUAUUCAAGGCUAUCCGACUAAGAGCGCGGAAAAGCCUUCAGCAUAAAAAGAUAAGCAGUACAUGUUUUGAAAAUCAAAAUACCCAAACUGGGUCAGAUCAUAACGAUAAUGGAAAGAGUUCCGACGUAGACGGGUGUGUUACAGACAAUUCCCUAAAGGAGCUAGUCUCCCCAUCCUCUCCCCGUCGAUACAGACCAAGUUUAACUGCUGACUCUGGCGCCAUUUUGAACACUGUUACCAUAACGACAGAAGAGGAGACAGAUACUGAGGUAAUAAGAAAUCAAACUGCGACAAGUGAAGACUUGUUGUCACCUACUGAUGGUGAAAAACAAAGUGAUAACAACAAACUUAGUCCUGUAAGUGAAGACAGUCCAUCUGGACUGGAAUUUGAACGCAAUGGUGACUCUGGUUACCAUGCCCCAGUGACAGUAGAGGCAGAGACAUCUUUUAACACACUCACAGUGCCCUCUGCAAAAGCGCUCACAAUACAAACUCCUAGAUAUAUGCCAAGUCAUACUGGGGGUAAUUAUAAAGGAGUUAAGUAUAAGAAACGAUUAAAUCCUAAAUCAAACGGGACGACACAUAGGGCGCAGAGAAAGAGUGUUACCAAGUUCAACUUCCACAUGCGAAGUAGUAGAAAGAGAAAGGAAAAGUUUUCCAGUAAGCGGGAAAGAAAGGCCACGAAAACACUUGCCAUAGUUCUAGGAGUAUUCCUCAUAUGCUGGGUGCCGUUCUUCACAGCAAAUAAUGUAAAAGCCAUAUGUAUUCGAUACAAACUUCAAGACAGACCCGAAUGCAACAUAGAUCCAGUUUUAUUCAGCUUUUUCGUCUGGUUAGGAUACAUAAACAGCUUCCUAAAUCCUGUUAUAUACACGAUAUUCAAUGUGGAAUUUAGGAAAGCAUUUAAAAGAAUUUUAGUUGAUGCAUGUCAGCAUUCCAACGUUUGAGGUAAAGAAAAUGCUGAUGACGUAAAAUCUCUCGAAAACAAUUAAAGGUGAUGUAUGUGAAAAUUCGAAUCUGAAACAGUAAGCCGUUCGCUUUUCUACAGAAAAAUAGAUGUGUUCGACUAUUGUCGUUAUACAUUGCAGCUUCGAUACGACUGUACAUGUACAUUCCCUUAUUUCAGCAUUUUCAUUGAUGCAUAGCAGAGCACAGUGUCAUACCAUUCAUCAAUGGAAACCCUAAAUCUACACUGUACAUACACGUACCAAUAACGGAUAACGUAUGCACUAAACUGCACUAUAUGAUGCACUAUGUGCAAUUAACUUGAUCUGAUAUUAAAAAUAACAGAGGCACAGUUGACAAGACGGUGCCUAAAUUAAGAUAUGUGACAUCACAGAACUGCAUGAACUUAUAAAUGGUAUGGUAAAUGGUUACAAUAAUGGUAUGGAAAAUGGUUACAAUAUGGACAACUGAGAAUGUGUAUCAGUCACUUGUAAACUGUUUACAUAUGUAAGAAUCUCAAUGUGUUAGCUGUGAUCUAAUAUUCUAUGAUAAACAACAUUUCAAUGUGCGAACAAAAGCAUUAAAAAGUAUUGUUCAAUGCAUAAGAGUGAAGUACUGGUACUAAAAACAAGAUGUUGCAUAGUUUUCAGAAAUAAUUAGACGAUGCAUACAAAAAUGAUUAUCAAGCUAAGGUUUAUAAUUACAUUAAUACGCUAAUUGGGAAGUUAAUGUGUAAAAAUGUGUAAAUAUAAAGCCAUAUUGGUUGAAUGUGUAAUUGUACAUCGCAAAAAUGGUGCUAUUCAUUAGUGUAUAUGAUAUAAUCGCAUGUACAUUAUCAGGCAGGAUAUAAAGAUGUAAUCUAUAAGACUAUAUUGAUGAUGGGUACAUUAAUCAAUUGUGCAAUUGUUGUAUGUGCAAGGAUUAUGAAUGUAACUAUAAUGUACAGCAAUAUACAAGUAUCGCCAUCUUUGUAGUAUGUAGAGUAUUUAGCAGUAUUUUGCAAUACAUUGGUAUUUUGUUUAAAAGUAAAAGCAAAUUUGGUAAUUAAAGAUAACAGGAAUGAGUCAAAUACUCAAAGAAGAUUAUGUAAAGAUAUACAAGGGAACGAUAAACAUUGUAGUCAUUAAGUGUCAGUGAAGCAGUCAAUUAGCAUUCAACAAAAAUGUAAAUAAAUUAAUAGAAAAAAUGAUAAUAAUUUCAUAAAGCAGUCGAUUAGCGAACAAUAAAUCAAACGAUGAUGGCAUUCUGUGUAUUAGUUAAAUAAUAGCAAUUCAUAACAUAUUUCAAUUUCCAGGAAUGAUUUAUUCGUCAGAGUGGAGUUUGAGAAAUAUUUUUAGGAUAACAUAAAGUGAGGAAAAAUUAUUGAAUGAAAUUUUGUUUUCCUGCUAAUAUCCACAAAUUGUGGGGAUUUGUGCAUAUUAGCAUCGUGUGUACCGUUAAUAGUUCAAUUAAAACGAAUUCAUAUUGUUUAAUAUGAAAGUAUUAAUUAUUUUCUAUAUUCAUUUGUAUUUUGUAUUGUUAAUUUCUAUUUUGUAUCGUUUAUACCUGUGAUACAACAAUGAUUAUACGCUUCCAUUGAUAUAGCAGAAAUAGGCAUUCCAAAAUGAUAAUAAUUCUGAUUUCAUGAUCUAUUAAUGGUAUGAUACCACAUUAAGGUGUAACAUAAUCCACCAUUUUACUGACGGGAACUGCAGUUAUGUAUUAAAGCAUGUCCAGGAAUAGUUAAAUGUUUAAUUUAAUUUUAAUGUUAAUCAAAAUAGGUCCACCAUUGUUGAUAACACCAACUGCAAUUACUUUAAAGCAGGUCCCCAAAAGCCAGGAAAAAGAAUUUGAAUUAGGAAGUGUUUUGGAUGAGCAUACGUCUGAAAUUACAACAAGUUAUUUAUCUGUAUGAAACAUUUUGAAGAUAUGUUUGAUAUUUGACUUAAUCAACACAUGUAAGGAGCAUUAUCAAAAUAUGUGUUUCAAAUCAUAAAGCCAACACCUACAGUAUCUUAGAUAUCAUACCCUUCUUUCUCACAGGGUGGAUUAUGAUAGAAAAGGGAUGCAUUUGACUAUAUGUCUUAAGACUCUUAACUAUGAAAAAGAAUUGAAAUACUUUCGAUAUGCAACAACAUCUUGUAUUAUAUUGAUUUUUUCUUCAAUAAGUUUUAAAUAUCGUUUGUAUAUCUAUUCAUCACAAUGACAACAAUAAUUCUUGUGAGAAUCCCUUUUAUUUACAGCUCUUAACCGAACAUGCUCCUAAUGUGUUAAGAUAUUAUUAAAAUGUCAAUACACGGUGCAAUACAUUGUUUCUUCUAUUUAAGUUACAGUGUUCAGACACUGAGAUAAUUUAAUAGUUAACGAAACUGGUAUAUUUAGAUAAUGGUUGUAUAUUGUAGGCCAAGCUCUGACUGUAAAUGUAGCAUAAUCAAUGAUUA